AUGGAUCGCCAAUCUGUGUAUUCAACUCACGUCUAUGAGCCGAGCUUCGGCGAUAAUGGCGACACACGUCUGCAGCUUCGCACGCAGCUCGAGACCUUCAUCCUUGACUUUCGGCUCGACAAUAACUUUGUCUACCGAGAUCAACUGCGAGAGAAUGCGCUGCUGAAAAAGUACUACUGCGAUGUCGACAUCAACGAUCUCAUCAACUUCAACGAAGAGCUCGCCCACAAGCUUGCCUCGGAGCCUGCAGAGAUCAUCCCCCUCUUCGAAUCCGCCCUCAAGAGGUGCACCCACCGAAUCGUCUUCCCGCACGAGGCCAAGGUCGAUCUGCCCGACCACCAGCUGCUCCUCCACUCGGACGCCGACGAUGUCUCUAUCCGCAAUCUCGACUCUAUGACAAUUGCCAGGCUAGUACGCGUUCCUGGCAUUGUCAUUGGCGCUUCCGUCAUGUCCUCCAAGGCAACAGAACUGCACAUCCAGUGCCGAAAUUGCCAGCACCAAUCUACGAUUCCGGUCUUGGGCGGCUUCACGGGCGUCAGCCUCCCGCGGCAGUGCGAGCGCAAGCGUGUCCCCAAUGACCAUACUCCAAAGUGUCCCUUGGAUCCGUACUUUGUCAUGCACGAAAAGUCACGGUUCGUCGACCAGCAGAUCAUCAAGCUGCAAGAGGCACCGGAUCAAGUCCCUGUUGGAGAAUUGCCCCGCCACGUACUCAUCUCCGCCGACCGGUACCUGACAAACCGGGUUGUUCCCGGCUCAAGGUGCACUGUCAUGGGCAUCUUCUCCAUCUAUCAGAAUAAGGCAUCGAAGAACUCAAACACAGGCGGAGCGGUGGCGAUUCGAACGCCGUAUUUGAGAGCGGUCGGUAUUCAGACCGACAUGGACAAGACGGCCAAGGGCGCAGCCUCAUACACCGAGGAAGAGGAGCAGGAGUUCCUGGAAAUGAGCCGGAGACCAGACCUGUACAACAUCAUGGCCGAUUGCAUUGCACCGUCCAUCUAUGGUAACCGCGAUAUCAAGAAGGCCAUCCUUUGUCUUCUACUCGGAGGAUCGAAGAAAAUUCUUCCAGACGGCAUGAGGCUGAGAGGCGACAUCAACGUCCUGCUCCUCGGUGACCCCGGUACCGCCAAGUCUCAGCUGCUGAAGUUUGUUGAGAAGGCAGCACCCAUUUCUAUUUACACCUCCGGCAAGGGUUCUUCGGCAGCGGGUUUGACAGCAUCCGUGCAAAGAGACCAGUCCACCAGGGAGUUUUACCUGGAAGGUGGCGCCAUGGUGCUUGCCGACGGCGGUGUUGUUUGUAUCGACGAGUUUGACAAGAUGCGGGACGAGGAUCGCGUGGCCAUUCACGAAGCCAUGGAGCAGCAGACUAUUUCCAUCGCCAAGGCAGGCAUCACUACAAUCCUCAACGCGAGAACGUCUGUACUUGCCGCGGCCAACCCCAUCUUCGGUCGUUACGACGACAUGAAGACACCCGGAGAGAACAUCGACUUCCAGACAACCAUCCUGUCUCGUUUCGACAUGAUCUUCAUCGUCAAGGACGAGCACACUCGGGAGAAGGAUGAGAGAAUAGCCAAGCACGUCAUGGGCAUCCACAUGGAUGGUCGUGGAGCCGAGGAGAUUGCCGAGUCCGAGAUUCCCGUUGACAAGAUGCGGAGAUAUCUCACCUAUUGCAAGGCUCGAUGCGCUCCUCGUCUUAGUGAAGAAGCUGCGACGAAGCUCUCGUCUCACUUUGUGGCCAUCCGACGACAAGUCCAUGCCGCCGAGAUGGAGGCCAACACACGGUCCUCGAUCCCCAUCACAGUCCGUCAGCUGGAAGCCAUCGUCCGUAUCACCGAAUCCCUCGCCAAGCUGACCCUCUCCCCCAUCGCCACGGAGGAGCACGUCGACGAGGCCAUCCGGCUAUUCCUCUGCUCCACCAUGGACGCCGUAAACCAGGGCAGCAACCAGGGUAGCCGCGAGCUCAACGAGGAGGUCAACCGGCUCGAGGUGGAACUGAAGCGCCGCCUCCCCAUAGGCUGGAGCACCAGCCUGGCGACGCUGCGGCGAGAGAUGGUGGAGGGCAAGGGUUACAGCGAGCAAGGGCUAAAUAGGGCGUUGAUGAUCUUGCAGCGGAGAGACACCAUCAUGUUCAGGAACUCGGGGGCGCAGGUUUACCGGAAUGGGGCUUAA